AUGGAAUCAAGAAAAGUUGCUUGCUCCUCUCAUCAAAACCAACCUUGUGUUUUCAUUACUGGAAUUUCAGGAAAACUUGGCGAAGUUUUAUGUAAGAGACUUUGUGACCAAGGAUUUAAGUGUAAAGGUUUAGUUAGAGAUGAAGAUGCCAAGAAGGAAGUUCAAGGAUUGGGUUGUACUGAUGUUUUCGUUGGAGAUUUGACAAAACUUCAAACAGAUGACUUUGUUAAAUAUUUGGAAGGAUGUGAUUUUGUGAUUGAUGCAGCUGGAUCAACUUCUGGAAAGGAUAUUGAAAAGAUUGAAUUUACUUCUGGUAAAUUCCUAGCCCAAGCAGCCAUGAAGAGUAAUGUCAAGAAGUACAUUUCCAUGUCAGCUGUUGGUUGUGAUCAUUUCUCAUCUGGAGAAAGAAAGGAUGCUCUUGUAUGUGAUAAAUGUAAGGAAAAUAGAGAAUAUGCUGAGAAUCAAUACAAGCUUGAUCAAUUCAUUCAAAAUGAAACCAAGAAUUUGGAUUAUUUGAUUGUCAGAUCAGGAGAUUUGACAGAGGAAAAGGCAAUGAACAAGAUCUUAAUUGGACGUCCACAUUUGAGUACCAAGUAUCGUAAGAUGUGUCAUACCUCAAGAGAAGAUUUGGCAAACUUGUUGGUUUGUCUCUUGAAGAAUGACUCCUUAAAGAACAUGACCUUUGAAGUUAUUAAUUGUAAGGAUGAAGGAAUGCCAAUUGAGGAGGCUGUCAAACACUUGAACGUUGCCUUGUAG